AUGGCCAAGAGCGCGCGCGCGAGUUCGCGCAAGAACAACAACCAGAAGCUCAAGAAGAAUGUCUUCGGCCCCGUCGAGUCGGCCCGGACGGAGCGUCUGUCCGCGAAGCUGAUGGAGCUGGCAGCCCAACCGGCGCCCGUGAAGGAGGCCAAGGAGGACCCGAACGCCAUGGAAGAUGUUGCCGAUGCGAACGAGGAGCCCACACCGAGCGACCAACUCAAGGAGGAAACCUCUGCCAUGGAGGUCGACUCGGGAGCGAUUCUCAAGAAGCCGCUCGGCAAGAAGCGCAUUGAGAAGCGGAGGGCGAAGAAGGGCUCGAUUGUGUUUCCCAAAUACAAGGACCGGACAUCCAAGAGACGCAAGUGA